AUUCUAUGCCUUUUCUUUCAUAAGGGCUCUUAUUUUGUUAAGACAAUGUCGAAUCUGCCGAUGAGAAGAAGCAGAUAUCUGUUCUGUUCUCACAUGUCCUUCACAUCCUGAGCUCUGACAGCAAAGCAUCUCUGUAUUGUAAUUAUGGCAGCUCAGGUCACUGAAUCAGACCAGAUCAAACAGUUUAAAGAAUUUCUGGGAACCUACAAUAAACUGACGGAGAACUGCUUUAUGGAUUGUGUGAAAGAUUUCACAACAAGAGAGGUCAAGCCAGAAGAGAGUACGUGUUCCGAGAGCUGCUUACAGAAGUAUCUGAAGAUGACGCAGAGGAUCUCCAUGCGCUUUCAGGAAUAUCACAUCCAGCAGAAUGAAGCGUUGGCUGCUAAAGCCGGUUUAUUAGGACAGCCGCGAUAAUCAUCUGCUGCCGGACUGACCUCCAGACCGUUACGCCAGGCUCUCUCUAUUCCAGCACGGAGCAGGGUCCCUCCAAACUGGAGCCGCGGGGCAGAGGACGCAGGCACUGGGAAUACUGUGAGAAGUCCUCCAUCUUCUGCCGGCUCUACGGAAAAAAAACUGGAUGGCUGGGAAUUUCGGUUUCCUAAAGGACAGACACUUUCUUUUUGACCAUUAUGCCGGUCUCCCGUAAAACAUAAAAGAUCUUGAUUGUUUUUAUGUUAGCGUGCUGCAAAAUAAAAUGUCUAAUAUUCA